ACGAAAAUGCGGGGAUUUAGAAUAACGUACUAUACGUUCUCUGCAAAAUACCUAAAAAUAAAAACAGAGAACGUACAUCGUAAUUCUACGUUCUUUGAUAAUACUAAAUACACAGGAAAACUUGAAAAAUCGAAGCAUUAGAAAAUAUCACGUCUAAAUUGGUUUUGAUAAUAGUUCAAAUAGUGUUGCUUAAAGAAAAUAUCUUAUUAAUGCUAAUUUACAUUGUGUACCUCUAAAAUAUUUACCGUCUGCUAAAGUCUUGUUCCAUGUUUUGUUUGUUAAUCGCCAUUGAUUUCCAAUCAGCUGGAGUUUUAAAUCAUUAUUGUAGUAUACGUACAAAAUUUUACACAGAACGUGAUUCCAUAUAUACAUUUACAUAUAAUGCGCUCCAAAGUGAUUGGAAUGGCUAAAUUCUGAAGUCAGUCAAUCCUUUAAGUCCAAUAAGUUCGUAGAGGUAUGCCGGAGAAAAAGAAUACACCGCAUGAAUUGCGUGUCUACAAGAUUGUGAUACUUGGAGAUGGAGGAGUUGGGAAGUCUGCUGUAACUUUACAAUUUGUAAGUCAUAGUUUUACGGACUACCAUGAUCCAACAAUUGAAGAUUCUUAUCAACAACAAGCAGUAAUAGAUGGGGAUGCAGCGCUUCUGGACAUACUUGACACAGCUGGCCAAGUUGAAUUCACCGCCAUGCGAGAUCAAUAUAUGCGUUGUGGGGAGGGUUUCAUAAUAUGUUAUUCAGUGACCGACAGACAUAGCUUUCAAGAGGCCUCAGAAUAUCGUAAACUUAUACAACGCGUAAGGUUAUCUGAAGACAUUCCCUUGGUAUUAAUAGCAAACAAGAUUGAUUUAGUCUUAGCCAGAAAGGUAACAACUGAAGAGGGCAAAAAUUUGGCGAAUCAGUUCGGCUGCCCCUUUUUUGAAACGUCAGCAUGUGAGAGGUUUUGCAUAGACGAGCCUUUCUACACUCUUGUUCGUGAAAUACGUCGCAAAGAGGCGCAAGGCAGUGGCACAAGUUCUGAAAAGUUACAUUCUCGUCGAAGAAGUCGUUGGUGGCGAAUACGUUCAAUUUUCGCUUUGGUAUUUCGACGACGUAGAAAUCUGAAUUAAGUAUGCUCAAAUAAAUAUCAGCUAUUCGAAUCGAAUUCGAAACAAUAUAAACCCACAUUGGGCUGAAUAUUCGCCCAUGAUUGGCUUCCUGCGUGUUGCUCACGUACACAUUUGCUAUUGAUCUCCACUGGGUAGAGAUUUCAUUCUUUUAACUAACUUUUAGACUUAUGUACAUAUAUAGCAAAAGAUUCAAUAUGAAAAUAGCAGGAAGUAGUUUAGUCUCAUAAGCAUACUUAUAAUAUUAUUUAUUCUUAAUUUUUUUUAUAAAGUUAUGUUAAAAUCCAAGACAAAUUUCAAAUCUUCGUAAAUAUUGGGGUGCAUACGAAUACACAAAAUGCAUUUAGACAUGCGGUCCAAAUUAAGCAACUAAACAA